UGCACACACGAGUUGUCAGCGGAGUUUCGUGCGCUUUGUCUUAAUUGUCACGGGCAUCGUGUAUAACAUGCAGUACCUCAGUAUUACAUGAUUUUAGAAUCGUUUGCCCAUAUUUCACUUAGCGGUAAUAUCCAAUGAUGACUUUUGACAAUUGACAUUUGUUAUAACCUAUGUACAAAGAUCAAAUAAGGCACUUAUUUUUUGCUAUUUAUAAGCUGUUAGUUUUUAGUGUUUUUCAGUUAAGUCAUUGUUGAGUGUACAUGCUGGAGAAGGGAGAAAAGUGUUUUGCAAAAUAGAAUAUCUAUAGCAAGCAUUUAGUUUUCACCAGCACAUGAAGGAUGUUGGCUGCUAUUUUGCUUUCACUUAUCAUAAGUGAUGUCUCAAAUGGUCAAAAGAAAAUUGAGCCCUUGUUUCGCCCCGACGCCAUCAAAGCCUUCAGUUCUGGCUCCUCCCCUAACAGGAUAAGCACCGUCGUAGAGCCAUACCCUUCUCACGUAAAUCUAGGAGGAGGUGGACGAGGGAUUCAUAAACCGGAUAUCGGUGGAGAUUUUAUUCCUGACCAUGGACCUGACGGAUUUGACGUUCAUGGAGGUAUGGGCUUUAUAGGUAGUAGCGGAGGAGGAGGAGGCGGGAUUAUACCUGGGGGAGGCGGAGCAGGGAUUUUAUCAGGCGGGGGAGGUCCUGGAAUUAUAGAAAGUCAUACUGGAGGGAAACUUUUCCCAGCUGAAAGAAUCAUCAAACACUCGCGAACAACUGAACAUCAUUUUGGUGACCACGGUCCUCAUGGGCAUGACAAAAUUGAUGGUGGAAUUGGAGGUCCAAGUGUACAACCAGAACCAUUACCUCUUCCGCGACCGCGACCACGCCCAAGACCACAUCCAAGACCUGAACCACGGCCAUAUCCGGUUCCAUAUCCUGUCCCGGUACCACAACCAGCUCCGACUCCGAGGCGUGAAACAAUACGUGUUCCAUACCCAGUGAGAGUUCCGUACCCAGUGAGAAUUCCUCAGCCGGUGACAGUUCCAGUGCCACAGCCGGUUCAAGUUCAAGUCCCAAGACCGUACCCAGUACACGUUCCACAGCCGUACCCGGUUCCUGUUCAAAACAAACAGACUGUUCCUUCAAGGCAAGUUUCUGUAGGAAUAGGGGCAAGUGGUCACCGACAUCAUCGAUGUGACUGGUCAGACUGGCGUUGCCAUGACUACGAUUACGGACAUGAUUAUGAUUUUGGCUUCCAUGGUCAUAGGCGUGGCUUCCGAGGACAAAGGAGGAGUAACGGGUUCCAAAAUUUCUUGCUGGCAGGAAUGCUUGCAGAUGGAUUAGAUUUUAAUUAUCCGGAUUAUGACUUUAAUGAUAUGUAUUUGAUGUCAAUGCUUGGUCGAGGAGGAGGGAGAAUGGGGGCAUGGGGGAUGCGUGGCGGAGGAAGGUUUGAUAGGCGUGGUAGGUUUGGAGGUGGUUUUGGGGCUGGCAUUGGAGGCGGCAUAGGAGGUGGCUUUGGAGGCGGCAUAGGAGGUGGCAUUGGGGCUGGAUUUGGUGGAAGCUUUGGACAUUCAGCCGGAGUUGGCGGAUUUGGGGCAAGCUUUGGUGGAAGAGGUGGACGUGGUGGCUGGGGUGGUGGACAUGGCGGCUGGGGUGGUGGUCGCGGCGGUCGGGGAGGCAGUGGUGGAAGUAGUGGUGAAGGAGGAAGUGGUGGCGAAGGCGGCAGUGAGGGAGGCUCGGGAAGUUCCGGUGGCUACUAUUGGGACUUUGGAGAUAACGAUGAUUAGUGUUGAAUACGUUUUAAGAAUGUUUUUUACAUAAAAUGUAUUUUCGGUCGUCUUCAAUAUCAUUAUGUUCAUUGGAUGAACCUUUAUUUAACAUAAAUACAUUAUCGAACGUACGUAAUUCACUCGAUGCCCUAUACACGAGUUACUCCUUUUCGAUAAUUAUUGCUCUUUCGUGUCAUUUCGAUCCUUACUUAUACGUUUUGCCAUUCCCUGACCUAUGUCUUUUUACCAUAUCAAACUAUGUCUAUUACUAUAUAGAUGUUGAAGCUUAAUGCCCAAAGUCAUGUUAUUAUUUCUUUAUUUCUCAAAAAUUUCUUUCAAUUUUAUUUUUGCUGCUUUUUGUGACAAAUUAUUUUGUAAUCAGCGCUGAUUUUAUUUUACCUGAUAAACAUCUAACAUCCUCUUAACCCAUUUUUUAAAACUUAAAUGAAACAUAUUAUAUGCUUGCCUUUUCUACCAGUGACACAAUUCACUUCUUAGGCAAUUUACUUCCAUAUUUAUUUCAUACAAGCAUUUUGGAUGUUUUCUUAUUAUUUUUUGCAGCUGAUAUAUAGGCCUGGCUUUGCACACUUUAAUUAGUCUUUAUUUUAUGUUCAUACGUUGUUGUAAUUGUGAUUUAUUGAUAUUAUUUGACAAUUGUUUUAUACAUAACUUAAAUAACAAAUAAAACGGCGUC